AUGGGAACGGCUGUUGGUUUUUUUGCAUAUAAGCCUCAACGAUCUUAUCUUUCCUACUUCAUCAACUCUUGCUACAGAGUCAAACAUCAGGGACCAGUUUCUCAUCGAUCCCAAGAUAUCGCAUAUCUUUGCCCUACAGCCUCGGAAAUGAACAGCUCAGUGUCGUCUUCAGACUCUUCGGAGCCAUUGACACAAUUCUCAUUCUCACUGUUUGCCAAACUCCCACCCGAGCUGCAACUUGAGAUCUUUUCCAACUGUCAACAAAACGACCUCAUUUGCAUUUCUUUAGCAUCACACAGCCUUCGUGCCCUUUCACUACCACUCAUUCCAGCGAAACCCUCCCUGCUGUUGUACGAUCAAACACAGGCCCAAGGAGCGCUCAAGUGCAAAUGUGGCAACGACAGUCUGGCUGGGAUAGGUCAGGACAAUCUUGCGCACCGGAAGAGGCGUCACGUACACGUACACAAUAGCAAAUACGACCUAUCUCACGCGCGUGGGUGCACAAACUGGUCUCCUUGUCGCAACUAUGGCCCUGAUCACCCACUAUGUCGCCAACGCUGGUGCAAGCACUGUCUGUGUACUUCGUGCCCACUUUAUACAAGACUUCGUGGGUGGAUGGGAGACCAGAAGUAUUGUCUCCAGUGCCGCAAAUUCACGAACCGGAUGCAGACUAAGAAAUACAAGGGGAGAUGUUUACAUGGAAGACAACCGACCCGUAAGAUUCCAAAUAAUUAUUGGACAGCCAAAAAGGGACGGUCGUAUGGCGUACGUUGGUGGAGAAGAUUCGACAGUUGUUAUGAGUCUAAAUCAUAA